AGGGAUUGACUCAAGAUGUAUCUUUUAACUGGGUGUCCAAAAAGAGUUAAAAUUACAUUAAAAGGAUUUUCGAAAUUAAAAAACUGUUAUAGACAUCUAAGCUAUGAUCCCAACGUUACUAUUUUAGGAAUAGAGACAUCGUGUGAUGAUACCGGCUGUGCUGUUGUUGAUGGCAAGGCGAAUGUUUUAGGAGAGUCUUUAUUCUCACAAAAUAUGUUACAUUUAAGAUAUGGUGGUAUUAAUCCUCUUGUUGCAAGGGAUUUGCAUCGAGACAAUAUAGAAUUUGCAGUAAAACAAACUUUGGAAAAAUCUAAACUUAAUGCAAGCAAUAUUGAUGCAAUCGCUGUGACAACGAAACCUGGGUUACUGAUUAGCUUACAAAUAGGCGUAAAGUAUGCUAAAUACUUAGCAAAAUCUUAUAAUAAGCCAAUAAUACCAGUACAUCACAUGGAAGCCCAUGCAUUAGUGGCUCGAAUGUUUUAUGAUAUAGAAUUUCCCUUUUUGGCCUUAUUAAUAUCUGGUGGACAUUGUUUACUUACAGUUGUCAAAGACGUUGACAAUUUCCUCUUGUUGGGAAAUACUUUAGAUAAUGCACCAGGAGAAGUUUUAGAUAAGGCAGCACGAAGAAUGAAGCUGAGAAAUAUUCCAGCUUACUCUGAAUUAGUCGGAGGAAAGGCAAUUGAAGAAGCUGCUAAAUGUGCAAAAAAUCCCGAACUAUUUGCUUUUCCAACCCCAUUAGUAAAAAGUAGAGAUUGUAAUUUUAGCUUCAGUGGUAUUAAGGAAGUUCUCAUGAAGCAUCUUGUAAGAAAAGAAAAGGAGCAUAAUGCUGUAGGAGAUGAAAUUAUACCAGAAAUAAAUGACCUUUGUGCUGCUUUUCAGUUAAUUAUUGCAGAACAUAUAUCUCAUAGAGUGCAACGAGCUGUUUUAUUUUGCACUAAAAACCAAUUUCUAAAAGAAGACAAUAAGAAUAUUGUAGUAUCUGGUGGUGUUGCAUGUAAUGACUUUAUUUUCAAAACUUUACAAAAUGUUGGUAUGCAGUGGAAUUGUAAUGUUAUUAGGCCACCUCCUAAAGUAUGCACAGAUAAUGGAGUAAUGAUAGCUUGGAAUGCUAUUGAAAAAAUAAAGAAACAAUAUCAAUUUCCCGAUAUUACAUUAGAUAGCAUUGAUCCUAAAGCUCCUUUAGGUGUCAACAUUACAGAUAAAGUCAAGAAAGCUAACAUAUAUGUAAAAGCAACAAGAUUAAAAGACAUGUUCAAUUAAUA